AUGGGAAGAGAAGUCUACAAGUACAUGAAGUUACGGCGUUAUGACGCGAGGCGGGUAUUUUCUGUUAGUAGCUACUCACCAUACACUAUGUCUCUUAAGGGGCCUACUUAUUUCCUUGGAAGAACAAUCAGUGCUGUGCCAUGGGGCAUGUUUGCCGACAAAUAUGGGAGGAAACCCUGCAUUGUGAUCAGUAUCCUCUCAGUGAUUGUACUUAACACCCUCUUUGGCCUUAGCACGACUUACUGGAUGGCAAUUCUUACUAGGGGGCUACUUGGGUUACUAUGUGGUAUAUUAGGACCAAUCAAGGCCUAUGCUUCAGAAGUCUGUACAAAGGAACACCAAGCGCUAGGAAUUUCUCUUGUCACAUCUUCGCGGGCAAUAGCUCUUAUUAUUGGACCAGCCAUUGGAGGAUUUCUUGCACAACCUGCAAAAAAGUACCCGGAUCUUUUCUCCGAGGAAUCCAUAUUUGGGAGGUUUCCAUACCUCCUCCCUUGCUUGGUCAUAUCGGUACUAGCUGCAGGAGCAUGUAUUACAUGUAUUUGGCUUCCGGAAACUCUGCACAUGUACUGUGACGACAAAAUAGAAGCUAUUGACACAAUGGAGGUACAAGUUGAUGACUCGAUCUUAGAAGAUGGGAAAACUAAAGAAUACGGGUCGGAAAGAAUGGCAUCUACAAAGAGCCUACUAAAGAACCGGCGGUUGAUGUCAGCAAUAAUCCUCUAUUGUGUAUUUUCUCUCCAUGAUACAGCUUAUUUCGAGAUAUUUUCACUGUGGGCUGUGAGCAGCCGAAAGUACCGGGGGCUGAGUUUAAGAUCUCAGGACAUUGGUACUAUUCUAGCUAUCUCAGGGUUUGGUGUUUUGGUGUAUCAACUUGUGAUUUACCCAUUACUUGCCAAGUAUGUUGGGUUAAUCAAGCCAUUACGCUCUGCGGCGGUAUUAUCUGUACUUCUCCUUGCAACAUAUCCUUUAAUGUCCAACCUAUACGGCAUGGAGCUCCAAGUACUCAUCAACAUAGCUUCGCUUUUGAAGAAUAUGUUUGCAGCCACGAUUACUAUUGCCUGCAACAUUCUGCAGAACACAUCGGUGCCACAAGAACAAAGGGGUGUUGCAAAUGGUAUUUCAGUGACCCUAAUGUCAAUCUUUAAAGCAGUAGCUCCAGCAGCAGCAGGAAUUUUGUUUUCAUGGUCUCAGGAAAACAUAACUGGGUUGUUCUUACCAGGUGAUCUGAUCAUGUUCUUGAUGCUAAACAUGGUGUCAGUAAUUGGGCUCUUGCUGACAUUCAAGCCAUUUUGCUCUAUGCCUAGUGCGACCAAAUAA